ACUGCGCGAGAGCUUCGCGACCGGGAUGUGACGACACUCGUCGAGCACUCGGUGUCAUGGCGCUACCUGGAGUGUGUCUUCUCUCGUUCACCUCGCUGGCAUGCGUCCUUCAGGUCCUCGGAAAAGCAGACGAAAAACAGAAACGAAAAAAUCCAGUGUUUCUGCAUCUGCCGGCCGCACAAAGCGUUUUCCUGCGUUCCAAGCGAGCAAAUAACUUCUUUGUGGAGGAGUUCCUGCAGGGCAACCUGGAGCGGGAAUGUCACGAGGAACGCUGCUCCUACGAGGAGGCCAGGGAAUACUUUGAAGACAAGGGCAUGACGGACAAGUUCUGGGACACUUAUCCGAAUAAGGACGAGUGCAAACCCAACCCCUGCCUUCAUGGUGGGAAUUGCACAAAAAAGACGAUGGGCUUCCACUGCUCCUGCCCGCCCCCCCACCACGGAAUCACAUGCCAACUGGAAGACCCGCUAAACAGCCGGGAAAACGAAAGAACCCCGCAAAUAGCGCCGCAAGUGGUAGCAGGAGGGUUCCCGUGUCCCAGCGAAGGCCCAAAUGUUUGUCACCAGCUGUGCACGUCGACCUCUUACGCCUUCACGUGCUCCUGCGUGGCAGGAUUCAAACUGCAGAGUGAUGGUCGAAGCUGCCUGCCUGAAGCGGACUUUGCCUGCGGAAGACUCCCAAUCUCCCCUCAGGGAGCAUCCAUGUGUCACCAUGGACACUGUCCCUGGCAGGCCUUGCUGCUGGGAAGCGGCGGGACGGAACUUUGUGCCGGUGUCUUGUUGGGUCCGCGCGCCGUCCUAACUGCUGCCAGCUGCCUCCUACAGGAAUCAGACCCUCAACCCUCCAAUUUUUUCAUCAUCGCCGGUGCCACGGAUAAAACAAUGUCCGUCAAGGCUAUCCAUCUUCACAAACGUUUCGUUCUCAACCGGCACGACAACGAUCUGGCCUUCCUGGAGCUGAGCGGCCCGUUGCCUCUCGGCCCCUUCCUACGCCACCUGUGUCUGCCCACCAAGGAUUUCAGUGAAAACAUCCUCAUGUAUUCCGGGAGAACCGCGCUGGCGGCAAGCAUGAACCGACACCUGGACCAGAAGCUCAUCUACCUGAGUUUGGACGAGUGUCGCGGCCGGCUCAACGUCUCGCUCGCCCUCAGCAAUAAAAUGUUCUGCGUGAUGGGACGGACUGGAAAAACAGUGACCAAGACGGUUAGUCGCGACAGAUUAAGAUCAACGGCUCCGCAAUGUGGCGGGGGCCUGUUGUCCGCUAUGCCUCUCGCCACGGUGGAACGAGGGACGGCGUUUCUCACAGGCCUGCUCAUCGUGCCACCUAAAGGCUGUCAGGAGAACGGGCUGGUCUUUACCAAAGUGUCCCGACACCUGGUGUGGAUCAGACAGCACCUGGAGGCCGUUCAGUCACAUGACCAAACAACCGAACAGUCCAAAAGAAACUAAACUGAGACGACUCAUGAGUGGACCCGCUCACCUUCUGGUGUCACAUAUUUGAUCAUCAAGGAGCUCCUCUUCUGUAUAUUACGAGCAAAUCCA